AUGUCCAGAAAUAGAUGCAAAAGGCCUGACAACUCCACCAACGCUUAUAUUAUCGACUUCAUGGAGAUGGUUAGAAAAACCCCAUUUAAGGAACUGGAACCAUCUGUGAAGAUAUUCAGUGACUUCGCAGUGGCCCUGACUAAAAUAAUCGUCAAUGCUGGGUGCAACAGUGACGAAAUCCACAUAGUUUUUGACACUUACAAGGAAGACAGCAUGAAGAAUGUAGAAAGACAGAGAAGACGAAAGUCAAAUGAAAUUAUUGUUCUGGAUUCAAUUUCGCUAAACCAUAGAGGCCCCAUUAAACUGGAGAACUUUUGUUGUUCUUCCAUUAGCAAAACCGGAUUCCAAGUAUUCUAUGUUGAAUGGCUCAAAAUCAACUAUGAGGUAAAUAAACCGCUAUAUCUUGGUAUAUCUCCAAAAGCAUGGUUCAUGUUGGCAGGACGUGCAUCUCCAUUCCCUCGUCUUGAUUGCACACACAAAGAAGCUGAUGAUAGAAUGAUGUUUCAUGUUCAAUAUAUUUUAGGUAACAAAUCUGAUCCAACUUCAAUUACGCUCUCCUUGGAUGAUACAAGUGUUUUUGUAUGCCUUGUACCACUUUGUUGUCAACUGGGAACAUCUUGGUCUUGA